CUUUUUUCUUCUCUUUUUGAUUAUCCCCCUCACAAGCAUUUUUUCCCCUUACGGAUGUUGGGAAACGCAGGGAGAUUCUCAGUGGAAGACACCAGGCCAGAAGAUUACUGCAAAAAGAGAUUUUGGUUUGGGUGGGGUGGAUCAUUUUGCCAAGGAGACAAGUGUAAAAAUGGGAGACUUUGGGAAGCUGCUGUCUUGAGGAACCUGAACAGCUGCAUCAGGGAAACCUUUACAUGCAGACCUAUGGAUAAUGGUAUUCCUUAUUACCUUGUAAUCUGUCCUCCUUCUUCUCAGCACUUUUUUAUGCAUGGGACACAACUGUAAUUAAGAGGUGCAGGAUGAAAAGAUGGCACAAUCAGUGCUGGUACCACCAGGACCUGACAGCUUCCAUUUUUUCACAAAAGAAUCAUUGGCAGCUAUCGAACAGCGCAUUGCCGAGGAAAAAGCGAAGAAGCCCAAACAGGAACGCAAAGACCUCGACGACGAUGAGAACAAACCAAAACCCAAUAGUGACUUGGAGGCUGGCAAAUCACUGCCCUUUAUAUAUGGAGACAUACCUCCGGGAAUGGUGUCUGAACCCUUGGAAGACCUCGACCCAUACUACAUUAACAAAAAAACAUUUAUAGUAUUGAAUAAAGGGAAGGCGAUCUUCCGAUUCAGUGCCACUUCUGCCGUGUACCUGUUAACUCCUUUCAACCCUGUUAGAAAAAUAGCUAUUAAAAUUUUGGUACAUUCAUUAUUCAGCAUGCUUAUUAUGUGCACUAUUUUAACCAACUGUGUAUUUAUGACUAUGAGUAACCCUCCGGAAUGGACAAAGAAUGUAGAAUACACAUUCACUGGAAUUUAUACCUUUGAAUCACUAAUAAAAAUUCUUGCAAGGGGCUUCUGUUUAGAAGGUUUCACUUUCCUCCGGGAUCCCUGGAAUUGGCUGGACUUUACAGUUAUUACAUUUGCGUAUGUAACAGAAUUUGUAAACCUAGGCAAUGUUUCAGCUCUUCGAACUUUCAGAGUAUUGAGAGCUUUGAAAACUAUUUCUGUAAUCCCAGGUAAGAAGUGGAGUGGCUUGACAAAGUGCCAGGCCCCUUGUAUCUCCAACUGUUUCUUGUGUGCUGUCAUUGUGUUUGUGUGUGGACUCCCCUAUUACAGAUAUGUGACAGAGUUUGUGGACCUGGGCAAUGUCUCAGCGUUGAGAACAUUCAGAGUUCUCCGGGCAUUGAAAACAAUAUCAGUCAUUCCAGGUCUGAAGACCAUUGUAGGAGCCCUCAUUCAGUCGGUGAAGAAGCUCUCAGAUGUCAUGAUCCUGACGGUCUUUUGCCUAAGCGUCUUUGCGCUAAUUGGGCUGCAGCUUUUCAUGGGCAAUUUGAGGCACAAAUGUCUGAUUUGGCCACCAGACAACUCUACUUUUGAAAUAAACAUCACUUCCUACUUUGACAGCACGGCAGGGGAAAAUGGCACCUACGUUAAUACAACCGUGACUACAUUUAAUUGGGCAGAAUAUGUCAGCGAUGAUAAUAACUUUUACUUCUUAGAAGGACAAAAUGAUGCUUUGCUGUGUGGCAAUGGCUCCGAUGCAGGUCAAUGUCCUGAAGGUUAUAUGUGUGUAAAGGCCGGUAGAAAUCCCAACUAUGGCUAUACAAGUUUUGAUACCUUCAGCUGGGCCUUCUUGUCACUCUUUCGACUGAUGACUCAGGACUACUGGGAAAAUCUUUACCAACUGACUUUGAGAGCUGCCGGCAAAACAUACAUGAUCUUUUUUGUUCUGGUGAUCUUCUUGGGAUCUUUCUACCUGAUCAACUUGAUCCUGGCUGUUGUUGCCAUGGCCUAUGAAGAGCAGAAUCAAGCCACAAUGGAAGAAGCUGAGCAGAAAGAGGCAGAGUUUCAACAAAUGCUUGAGCAGCUGAAAAAACAACAAGAAGAAGCUCAGGCAGCUGCUUUAGCUGCCGCCGCAGAUGAAUCCCGGGAGUUCAGUGACGUUGGUGGUGUAGGAGGUUUCUCGGAGAGCUCAUCAGCCACAUCAAAGCUGAGUUCGAAAAGUGCAAAAGAGAGGAGAAACAGACGGAAAAAGAGGAAACAGCGAGAACAAUCUGAAGGAGAUGAAAAGGAUGAGGAUGAAUUUCACAAAUCUGAAUCGGAGGAUAGCAUCCGAAGGAAAGGCUUUCGAUUCUCAAUUGAAGGGAACAGGCUGACUUAUGAAAAAAGAUUCUCUUCCCCACAUCAGUCUUUACUGAGCAUUCGUGGCUCCCUGUUUUCCCCAAGGCGCAGCAGCAAAGCAAGCCUUUUCAGCUUCAGGGGCAGAGCAAAGGAUAUAGGAUCAGAGAAUGACUUUGCAGAUGAUGAGCACAGCACCUUUGAAGACAACGAAAGCAGAAGAGAUUCCCUCUUUGUUCCUCAUAGACAUGGCGAGAGGCGCAACAGUAACAUCAGCCAGGCCAGCCGGUCAUCGAGGAUGGUGCCUGUCCUUCCAGCUAAUGGAAAAAUGCAUAGUACAGUUGACUGCAAUGGAGUGGUUUCCUUAGUUGGUGGGCCUCCUGUUCUUAUGUCACCCACAGGUCAACUUCUGCCUGAGGGCACCACCACAGAAACAGAAUUAAGGAAAAGACGAUCAAGUUCUUACCAUAUGUCCAUGGAUUUUCUCUCUGAUCCUACGGCAAGGCAAAGAGCAAUGAGCAUAGCCAGUAUACUCACCAACACAAUGGAAGAACUUGAGGAAUCCAGACAGAAAUGCCCUCCCUGUUGGUAUAAAUUUGCUAACAUGUGCUUAAUCUGGGACUGCUGUGAUCCCUGGUUAAAAGUAAAGCAUGUUGUUAAUUUGAUUGUGAUGGAUCCAUUUGUCGACCUCGCUAUCACCAUCUGCAUUGUUCUGAACACUUUGUUUAUGGCCAUGGAACAUUACCCAAUGACUCCGCAGUUUAAUAAUGUGCUAUCUGUUGGAAACUUGGUGUUCACUGGCAUCUUUACAGCAGAAAUGUUCCUAAAGCUAAUAGCCAUGGAUCCUUACUAUUAUUUUCAAGAAGGCUGGAAUAUUUUCGAUGGCAUCAUUGUCAGCCUGAGUUUGAUGGAGCUGGGUCUUGCAAAUGUCGAAGGACUUUCUGUCCUGAGAUCCUUCAGAUUGCUUCGGGUUUUCAAAUUGGCAAAAUCUUGGCCAACAUUAAAUAUGUUGAUAAAGAUUAUCGGCAACUCAGUUGGUGCCUUGGGAAAUUUGACCUUGGUCCUGGCCAUCAUAGUCUUCAUUUUUGCUGUGGUUGGAAUGCAGCUAUUUGGCAAAAGCUACAAGGAAUGUGUUUGCAAGAUCUCCAAUGAUUGUGAACUUCCACGCUGGCACAUGAAUGACUUUUUCCACUCUUUCUUGAUUGUCUUUCGGGUACUUUGUGGAGAAUGGAUAGAGACUAUGUGGGACUGUAUGGAGGUUGCAGGACAAACCAUGUGCCUUACUGUCUUCAUGAUGGUCAUGGUUAUUGGAAAUCUAGUGGUUUUGAACCUCUUUCUUGCCUUGCUGCUGAGCUCCUUCAGUUCAGACAAUCUUGCUGCUACUGAUGAUGACAAUGAAAUGAACAACCUCCAGAUUGCUGUGGGGAGGAUUCAGAGAGGAAUUGAUUACGUGAAAAGAAAAGUACGCGAAUUUGUCCAAAAGGCUUUUGUGAGGAAGCAGAAAGCUUUGGAUGAAAUCAAACCUCUUGAGGAUCUGAACAACAAGAAAGACAGCUGCAUUUCUAACCAUACCAUUGUAGAUAUUGGCAAAGACUUCAACUAUUUGAAAGAUGGCAAUGGAACAACCAGUGGCAUAGGCAGCAGUGUGGAAAAAUACAUAAUCGACGAAAGUGAUUACAUGUCAUUCAUAAACAACCCAAGUGUUACUGUGACUGUGCCCAUUGCGGUUGGAGAAUCAGAUUUUGAAAACUUAAACACCGAGGAGUUUAGCAGUGAGUCAGAUUUGGAAGAAAGCAAAGAGAAAUUGAACGCAACUAGCUCAUCUGAAGGCAGCACAGUGGAUGUUGGAGUUCCCCAAGUGGGAGAGCAACCUGAAGCUGAGCCUGAAGAAUCUCUUGAACCAGAAGCCUGUUUUACUGAAGGCUGCAUGCGGAAAUUCGAGUGUUGUCGAGUCAGUGUUGAAGAUGGGAAAGGAAAAAAGUGGUGGAAUCUUCGGAAGACCUGCUACAAAAUAGUUGAACAUAAUUGGUUUGAGACUUUUAUUGUCUUCAUGAUUCUCCUCAGCAGUGGUGCUCUGGCCUUUGAAGACAUAUAUAUUGAACAGCGCAAGACCAUCAAGACCAUGUUGGAAUAUGCGGACAAAGUCUUCACGUACAUCUUCAUCCUGGAAAUGCUUCUGAAGUGGGUGGCCUAUGGCUUUCAGAUGUAUUUCACUAAUGCCUGGUGCUGGCUGGACUUCCUCAUUGUGGAUGUUUCUUUAAUUAGCUUAACAGCUAAUGCCUUGGGCUACUCUGAGCUUGGUGCAAUUAAAUCGCUUAGGACUUUAAGAGCUUUGAGACCUCUGAGAGCCUUGUCACGGUUUGAAGGAAUGAGGGUGGUGGUGAACGCCCUCUUGGGAGCAAUUCCCUCAAUCAUGAAUGUGCUCCUCGUAUGUCUUAUAUUCUGGCUGAUCUUCAGCAUUAUGGGAGUGAACCUCUUUGCUGGCAAGUUCUAUCAUUGUAUUAAUACCACGACGGGGGAAAUGUUCAGCAUCGAUGAAGUCGACAAUCAGACUCAAUGCGAGGAGCUCAUUGAGAGAAAUGAAACAGCCCGAUGGAAAAAUGUGAAAGUCAACUUCGAUAAUGUGGGACUUGGUUAUCUCUCCUUGCUUCAAGUAGCCACUUUCAAAGGAUGGAUGGAUAUUAUGUAUGCAGCUGUGGAUUCACGGAAUGUGGAAAAGCAACCUCAUUAUGAAGAUAAUCUGUAUAUGUAUCUCUACUUUGUUAUCUUUAUCAUCUUUGGAUCCUUCUUCACCUUGAAUUUAUUUAUUGGUGUCAUCAUAGACAACUUUAAUCAACAAAAAAAGAAGUUUGGAGGUCAAGACAUCUUUAUGACAGAAGAACAGAAGAAAUAUUACAAUGCAAUGAAAAAACUGGGGUCCAAGAAACCACAAAAACCUAUACCAAGGCCAGCAAACAAGUUCCAAGGCAUGGUUUUUGACUUUGUAACAAAGCAAGCCUUUGACAUCAGCAUCAUGAUUCUUAUCUGCCUUAACAUGGUCACCAUGAUGGUAGAAACAGAUGACCAAACUGACGCAAUGGAAACCAAUUUAUACCGAAUCAAUCUGAUCUUCAUAGUCCUUUUUACUGGAGAGUGUGUCCUAAAGCUGAUUUCACUCCGCUAUUAUUAUUUCACCAUUGGCUGGAACAUUUUUGAUUUUGUGGUUGUCAUUUUAUCCAUAGUUGGUAUGUUCCUGGCAGAGAUCAUUGAGAAAUACUUUGUGUCGCCCACCUUGUUCCGUGUGAUCCGACUUGCCAGGAUUGGCCGGAUCCUGCGUCUCAUCAAGGGGGCUAAAGGGAUCCGCACUCUGCUCUUUGCCUUGAUGAUGUCUCUCCCUGCCUUGUUCAACAUUGGCCUCCUCCUUUUCCUCGUCAUGUUCAUCUACGCCAUCUUUGGGAUGUCCAACUUUGCCUACGUGAAGAGAGAAGUUGGAAUCGAUGACAUGUUCAACUUUGAAACCUUUGGCAACAGCAUGCUGUGCCUCUUCCAGAUCACCACCUCAGCAGGCUGGGAUGGCCUCCUGGCCCCCAUUCUCAACAGUGGACCCCCAGACUGUGACCCAGAGAUAGACCACCCGGGAAGUUCGGUCAAAGGAGACUGCGGCAACCCUUCUGUUGGGAUUUUCUUCUUUGUCAGCUACAUCAUCAUAUCUUUCUUAGUGGUGGUAAACAUGUAUAUAGCUGUAAUUUUGGAGAACUUCAGUGUGGCAACAGAAGAGAGUGCCGAACCUUUAAGUGAGGAUGAUUUUGAGAUGUUCUAUGAGGUCUGGGAAAAAUUUGAUCCAGAUGCAACCCAAUUCAUCGAGUUUUGUAAACUCUCAGAUUUUGCUGCUUCACUGGAUCCUCCUCUUCUUAUAGCAAAACCAAACAAAGUUCAGCUCAUUGCAAUGGAUCUGCCCAUGGUCAGUGGGGACAGGAUUCACUGCCUUGACAUCUUGUUUGCCUUUACAAAGCGUGUUUUGGGAGAAAGUGAGGAAAUGGAUUUACUCAGAGUACAAAUGGAAGACCGGUUUAUGCAAGCCAAUCCUUCCAAAGCCUCCUAUGAACCAAUCACCACCACGCUGAAAAGAAAGCAAGAGGAAGUAUCCGCUGUCAUUAUCCAGCGAGCCUUCAGGAGCUACCUCUUAAGGCAAAAAGUUAAAAAGGUUUCCUCCCUUUUUAAUAAAGAUAGAAUCAAAGCUGGCGGUGACACCCAUAUCAAAGAAGACAUGAUUAUUGACAAGCUCAAUGAGAAUUCUACACCUGAAAAAAAUGACAUGACCCCUUCCACCACCUCCCCGCCGUCUUACGAUAGUGUUACAAAGCCCGACAAAGAGAAAUAUGAAAAGGACAAGUCAGAAAAAGAAGAUAAAGGGAAAGAUAGCAGAGACAGUAAAAAAUGAGCAAAACAAAGGUUCUCUUUGUGACACAUCGUUUACAGCUUGAGAAAGUAGAGGGUUACUUCAAAAGGACUCCCAUGGGAGGUUAAUGCCAAACUGACUGUUUUUGCACACACACAUACACACACACAAAUAUCUAUAAAUAUAUAUACAAAUGUUAGAUAUUUACUUAAGGUCAGUGCCUAUUAACUAAGACAGUGACCCCUCGCCGAUCCAAACGCUGCCCUGUAAAACAGGGUGGCAUGUUUGACAGGAGGUUACUGUUUUCAUUACCAGCUGACACUGCUGAAGAAGGGAGGGGAAAAAAUGGCUACCCAGACUGUAGGGACCAGUCCAAGAGGUGCAAACUGAGCGGUUAAGUGUGCUUAAUGUGAAACACUCAAGUACAAUAAUUGUAAUCCACUGUUUGCAUUCCAACUGCCACAUUUUUGCCAUAUUUUUACAGCAAUCGGUGUUGGUGAGGUUGCCAUUUUUUUAAUUCACAGGUUGUUUACUAUUAUAUGUGACUAUUUUUGUAAAUGGGUUUUCUGUUCUCGGGGCGGGUGGGUGCAGGGUCUUAGGGAAAUACGAGGACCAGCUGUUCUGUCUGAUUCUCUUGUAAUGUACAGGCAGAAGUGAUUUGCAUGAAGGCAUGCUGCACUUAUAGACCAUGCAUGGAAACAAAUAAGACUUCUUUGCACAAGAGUUUUAAAGACUUCCAUGUUUCAGGAUGGCUCCAGAUUCUGAGGUGCUUAAUACCAGUGUACAUCUUUAUGUCUCAUCCUGACAAUUCUUAAUGUGCCUGUAAGUCUCAUAAAAUCAACAGUUAUUCAACAAAGGUGCCCUCCCCCCUUCCCCCCAUGAACAUACAUAUGCCAUUCGGUCACCAAAGCUGAAAUGAACGCCCCUUGAGCUCAUUGGGACCCACUGUUUGGUAAGUGUGUAUAGGAUUGCAAAUUAAGUGGAAAACUUGGCUGGGAAGAUGGAAUGGGGGUGUUCUUGAUAUAUGCUAUUCUGCAGGAAACAAUAUGCACCCACUUUCCAGUCAUUUGGAUGCCAAACCGGUCAGAAGAAAGGGGAAGAAAUACCAGGCAUUUAUACGUUUUGUUUUGUUCGUCUGUUUGUUCUUAAUUUCUCCUGUUUAGCCAUCUUCCACUUCAGCAAGGUUGACAUCGUAUGUGUCAAUGAGACAAUCCUGUCUGUGUAAAUAAUUAUUUUAACCCUGUGGGGCAUAUUUGAGCAAAGGAGUUGAUGGCCUGUGCACAACAGUUAGGGCAUUCAAUAUGUACCACAAUAAGUGUCGGUCGCAAGCCUUGAACAGGAAAAUAUGAUGUAUUCUGUACCAUUAUAAGUAGUUUGGGGACUCUCACUGAAGCAUGUUGUUUAUCUCGCCUUCACUGCUGUGUUUCUCCCUCUCCCCCCGGGUUUGUUCAGAGAUCUAAUAUGGGAAGCCAUAUGUCAGUAAUAGGAGCGAAACAAUUUGUUCAACCAGCCACCCUUCCUCAUUUCAUUGAGCAAUAGUUUGCAUCUGUUUGGGGCGGGGAGGGGGCAGGAGAGGGAAGCUUCUUGCUCUGCCCUUAACUGGUUUUAUUCUUCUCUUGAAAUUUAGGUGAGCAUUAUUGUACAGGGUGUAGCCAUCUGUACACGUCAUAUUGCAAAGCAGUUUAAUCUGUUCAAAACACAUGGUUAGCGGUUUUCUAAAGGGGAAAGAAAUAUAUAUAUAAAUAGUGUACAAAUCUCAUUUGAUUUUAUUUUUCAGCAUUUUGUACAUAAAUGAUGAAACAAAACUGUUCUUCAGGUCGAUGUCACAGGCAGUUGUUAUUUUCUGUCCAUUGCACUUUUUAAUUCAAGAUCAUCACAAAGUAGGAAAUAAUAACAAUAACAAUAACAGGGAAGGAGAGAAUGGGACAAUGAUAGGUUCCUGGAUUGCUUUUUUAAUUAGUACUGUAUUUUUGCACACAUCUUAUUGUGAUUUCUUUCAAACUGAGUCCAAAAUGCACUUGCUUCCAAAUAGCUAUAACUUGUAAUUGAAAUGUGGUGGGAAAGGUUUGUUUGAUAUCCUAGCACUGCCUGCAUCAGCAGUUAGUCUUAUUAAUUCAUAAAAUCCUUGAUCUUUUCCAGUGUUUGUUUACAUAGACUAUUCUUAUUCUUGUUGAUUCAUGCUGCACUAGAAGUCUUCUAAAUAUUAUAUGCGGUUCCACAAUUAUAAUUUUCCCCUCCACAAGAACCAAGUAGCGAACUUGUAUAUCGGAUCACAUCAGGACAUAUUUUUUUUUGUAUUUCAUUCACAAGCAAAAAUUAAAUGUUAAUUCCUCCUUUUACUGAAACUGUUGACUUUGUGUGUUGGUGAACUGCAUGCAGGAAAAUGCUAUUACCAUAAAGAACGGUAAGCCACAUUACAGUUGAGCCAAAAGAAUAAAAACUUCAUUUUUUAUUGUA